CUCAAGAAACCACUGGAAACCAUUACAUGCAUGGUCCCUUCGGGAAACGUCAUGCUGUCAUGUCAUGCACAUCUCUCUUCUUCGCUGCAUUUGCAGACAGACACACAUCGUGAUGCCAUCAGAGUGGCAAAAAGGCCCAGCAUCACCCAUUAUCCCCGUCAUGGCUGGUUAGUCCUUCCCCCCUCAGCCCUAGCCCUUCUUCUGUCUAAGAACUGCUCGACAGCCGCCCUACACCUCGGACACAGCGAGUGUCUGCUCGGGGGGUCGUCUUGGCUCCUCGGCGAGCCUUGCCACUCUGACACAUCCUCGCCCCACAUCCAACACCUGCAUACACACACACACACACACACACACAUUUCCGACCAUCAUUCUCUCAGUCGUCUUUCCUCCCUUCUCUCUGACCGACUGACCUUUCGCACUUGGUCCCGACCGCCUUGCUGACCCCCACAGUGCAGCCACUCCCCGUCUGCUCAGCCGACAGCCGGAACUCAGGGCAGCUGCCCUCCACUGCACCGGGGGAGUCGGCCAGGUGCACUUGAGAGGUGAGGAACAGGAAUCUCAAGUCGUCCACAGCACUGAUGCGGCCAUCGGUGGUGGUGGUGGUGGUUGCGAGAAGGGGCGACUGGUCUGGGAGCAGCUCUCUGAGCCACGAGGUGGUCUGGGGGUCGGGGCAGUGGAUGUGCACGGCGGCCUCGCUGUUGGCACCGACCAGCUUGGCUGUGCGUGCGGACUCGAUCACCUGCACAGCACAGCACAACGUAGGGCGGGUUUCGUGAGUGAAGCCGCCCUCUGCUCAUACAUUUCUCACCUACUCACCUUGUUGACGUCAUCUCUGAGCGUCAUGACCAGAUCCCACUUGUCCUCCCUGAAGGGGGGUGACGCCUCAGCACCGCUCGGCCACCCAGCCUCAAACACACUCCCACUCCGCCUCACCCCCUCCCCAUCAUGAGGCAAGUUCUGCCAUAUGUCUUCAGCCAUGUGCGGCAGCAGGGGCGCGAGCAACAGGGCAAACGCCUCGGUGACCACCCGUAUGACCGACUGGCACGCGCGCCUUCGCCGGUCGUUGGGCGUCGAGAUGUAGAGGCGGUCCUUGGAGACGUCGAGGUAGAAGUUGGAGAGCAGCUGGUUGCUGAAGGCCAGCAGCUCCUGCGUCACCCUGUAGAACUGGUAGGACUCGUAGGCCUCACGCACUCGACGGAUGAGGCUGGCCGUCUUGCCGAGCACCCACUUGUCAACCUCGGGGAGAUCUUCAUACGCAACACCAUCCUGCACACCACACCACCAUGGUAUGGUAAGACACAAAGAAAGAGAGUGCAGGGUUUGUCUGACUGGUCUGGUGUGGUGUGGUGUGGGGCUCAGCUCACUUGUUCUUUGUCGAAGUCGUGUAUGUUGCCGAUGAGGAAGCGUGCGGUGUUCCUGAGUUUGCGGUAGGCGUCAAAGACCUGCUUGAUGAUGGUGCCUCCCACCAACACGUCCGAGCUGUAAUCCACCGUCGCCACCCACAGCCUGACACCCACACACACACACAGAGGGAGAGAGAGCGAGAUACCAUUUAAGUGUCCGUGUGUGUAUCGUUUCUGUGCAAAUGCCCACCUGAGCACAUCCGCCCCAUAGGCCGGCUGUUUCUUCUUGUCGCUGCCGCCCUCGAUGAUGGUGAGGGGGCUGAGGACGUUGCCCAGCGACUUGCUCAUUUUAUACCCCUUCUCGUCCAGCACAAACCCGUGAGUCAGCACCGUCUGGUACGGCGGAGCCCCGCGGACGGCAACCGAUGUCAGCAAAGACGACUGGAACCAUCCCCGGUGCUGAUGAGACAUCGAAACACAACACUUGUUCGUGUGUGGGAGUUCGGUGUGUGUGAGGUGGGGAGGGGGGGGGGAUGGUUUCCUUCUCACCUGGUCAGAUCCCUCUAGGUAUAGCUCGACGGGAUUGUCGUGCCUGAGGUUGUCUCGUGUGUUAACCACCCCCGCCCAUGAGCUGCCCGAAUCGAACCACACGUCGAUGGUGUCAUUGCCGCGAACCCACAGUGACCACUCCGACCUUUGGCCCACCAAUAUAUAUACACACACACACACACACGUGUGGAAGGGGGAACGGUGGGUGAGCAUACAAUCCAAUCAAUCCGUGUGUGUGCGUGUGGUCCGAUAGACAGACACCUGUAUGGCUCUGGGAGCAGCUGCUGCGUGUCCAUGGUCCACCAUGCGUCUGUUCCAUGUUGCCUGAAGACCUCCUUGAUGUGUGUGAUGGUGCUGUUGUUGAUGAGUGGCUCGUUGGUGUGGGCCUGGUAGAAGACAGGGAUGGGCACGCCCCAGCUCCUCUGGCGGGAGAUGCACCAAUCGGACCGGGACGACGUCAUCGACGCUGCACACGUCACAUCGAGGAGAGAGACAGGGGGCAGGAUGGGAUGGCUGUGUGCUGGUGGUGUGUGUGUGUGUGUGCUCUAAAGCACCGACCGAUCCGCGUCUUGCCCAUCUCGGGGAUCCACCUGACCUCAUCGAUUGCCGCCAAGGCCGCCUCCCUGCACACACGCCACAUGAGACCACAACCACAUGCAAUGCAAUCAACCGUCAGGUCAGCAACAUUCAUUCAUUGUGUCGGUCAGUCAGGGUCACUGCCUGGCUGGCUGGCUGGCUGACUGACCUGAAUGCAUCGACGGAUAUGAACCACUGCUCAGUGGCCCUGAAAAUGGUGGGCUUCUUGGUCCGCCAGUCAUAGGGGUAGCGGUGGGGGUAGUCUUCGGCCUUCAGCAGACUCCCACACUCAUCCAGCGCCUACACACACACACACACACACACACAUCCAUCCAUCCAUCUGCUCGUCCAUGUGGCCAUCCGAUCCGUGUGUGUGUGCCUGGAUGAUCGCUUCAUUGCCCUCCUUGAGCACCGACAGGCCUUCGAACCGCUCCCCCGCCUCAGCAGUGAAUCUCCCGUAGUUGUCGACGGGGCUCAGCGGCUCCAGACCAUACUUCUGCCCUGCACACACAACACACGAGGGCAGCUGUGUCUUGGGUGUCUUGGGUGGGGGCGGAGUGUCUCCCAUACGCAGGUACCUGUCUCAAAGUCUUCCUGUCCGUGUCCUGGUGCGGUGUGAACGAGCCCGGUGCCAGUGUCUGUGGUGAUGUAGUCGCCACCAGCCACCACACGAGACACACGACCGUACAGCGGAUGCUCGUACCUGUACGACCAAACACACAUACAUACGUGUCGGUCGGUGAGUCGAGUCGGUGGGGUGGGGUGGGUGUGGGCGGCUCAGCUCACUGUGUGUCGACGAGGUCCUCUCCCUUGAUGGUCGCCAGCACCUCCAGCCCUUCACCCGUCAACUCGUCCAACGCACCAAGCGCCUUGGACACCUACAUACACACAGAGAACAAAACACCACAUGUGGUGCGCCACGUCAAUCUGGUGUGUGUGUGUGUGUGUGCGCCAAUCAAUAGGUACCUCUUUGACAAGGUCCUUGGCCACAAUGAGGACCGCGUCGCUGUCAGGCCGCCUGACGAGAGCGUAUUGCAGCUCGGGGUUGACGGCCACGGCCAUGUUGCCGGGGAUGGUCCAGGGGGUGGUUGUCCACACCGCCACACCCACAUCACCCCCCCCACUACCACCGCCGCCGCCACCGUCAGGCAGGAGCCGGGCAAGCCCAUCAGAAGGCGAUGUCACCUUGAACGAUGCGUAGAUGCUCUUAGACACAUGGCCGUCAGGGUACUCGAGCUCCGCCUCCGCCAGGGCUGUUUGCGACGACGGCGACCAGUGAACGGGUUUCUUGCCCUUGUAGACGUGCCCCUUGAGCAGCAUCUUGCCGAGGAUGUCGAUCUGCGCCGCCUCGUACUCUGGGUCUAGGGUGAGGUAGGGCUUCUCCCACUCGCCCAUGACGCCAUACCGCUUGAAGGAGUCACGCUGCUUGUCCACCUGGGAGAGGGCGAAGGAGGCGGCCCUGAGAGAGAGAGAAGAGAGAGAGAGAGAGAGGUGGGCAUGUGUGUGUGUGUGUGUAUGGUAGGUGUGGCUGCUCACUUUCUUCUGAGGUCGAGUGGUGUCAGCUGCUGCCUCUCGCUGCUCUUCAUGCUCUUGAGCACCUGCACGCACCAUCGGACAGACAGACAGACAUACAGACGGACAGGCGUGGCGUCCGUGCUCAGCUCAGCUCACCGCCAGCUCGAUGGGCAGUCCAUGGCAGUCCCACCCGGGCACAUAGCGAACCUUACGCCCUCGAAGAGACUGAUACCUUUCCACACACACACACACACACACACACACACGAGUGCUGCUGGCUGAUGCAGUAAGGCAGGAUGGUAUGUAUGGUAGUUGUCCCUAUGUACCUGUUGAUGAAGUCCUUGAGGAUCUUGUUGAGUGCGUGGCCCAUGUGCAGCUCCCCGUUGGCGUACGGCGGGCCGUCGUGGAGCACAAAGACCUCACCGGGGUUGCUCUCUGCCUGCCGCUCGUAGACCCGCUGCUCGGCCCAAAAGGCCUGCAGCUCAGGCUCUCUGAUAGAUAGAGGAAGGAAGACACAGACAUCCAUCGUCUGGCGAAUGAUGAAGGCUGUCAUGUCACCUCUCUCCCUCACCGUGUGACAGCGUUGGCGCGUUGUGUGAAGGUGGUCUGUGGGAGGUUGAUGCUGUCGCUGAAGGGGUUCUCCUCCUCCUUGCCCUUGCCCUUGCCUCUGCCGCCCUUCUUCCCGGCUGUAGCAGUUUUCUGCUCUGAUGACGUCGGGGCUGUCUGCUCGGGGGCCUUCUCAGCCACUGCUGCCGAUGCUGCUGCUGCUGCUGGUGGUGGUGGUGGCGCAGUGGACAGCAUGUGGCGGGACGGCACUCUCCUUCUGAGGGCGACGGGGGGGGGGCGUGUAGCGGCCGGUGCAAUGAAGCAAGGCGGCUGCAGAGAAGGAGAGAGAGAAGCAGAAGGCACAUCGCACCAAGGCAAGGCGUGUGUGUGUGUUCGAUGUGUGUAUGCAGCCUCUGUGUGCGAUUCUGGGGCAUGCACCUACCUCAUCGGCAGAUCUUUUGGGCGAUUGGAUGCGCCUGAUUGUCCUGUGCUGCAGGCCCUCUGUGCUUCUCCGACUGCAGCCAUCACGCUCAGUGACAUCCGCCUUGCCGAUGUCAGCAGAAAAGAUCAGCGAGAUGAGAACGGAACAAAACAGUCCCGGCAGCACUGCAGCCGUCCAUUGCUGCAUCCUGAGAAGCGCUCGCUGCUCUCCUGCCCUCCCAAC